ACAUUCAGGAAAAGGAACGGUGGAGCCAAUGCACCAUUAAAGAAAUACCCUUCAUUUGGAAAACUUUAAUGGCGAAUAAAUGCGUUGGUUUCACUUAUUUUAGUGUUUGCAUACUUUAAGAAUAUAUGCUCAGUAUUUUGGUAAAUAAAUAAUGUCGGCUUCUGCUAUAUUUGUAUUGGACUUAAAAGGAAAGGUGUUGAUAUGUCGGAACUACAAAGGCGAUGUGGACAUGUCAGAAAUCGAUCACUUCCUGCCUCUGCUAAUGCAACAAGAAGAGGAUGGUCUUAUCUGUCCAAUCAUGGCCCAUGGAAGAGUCCACUUCAUGUGGAUCAAACACAGCAACCUGUACUUGGUAGCAACUACAAACAAGAACUCGAAUGCUUCCCUGGUCUAUUCCUUUCUUUAUAAAUUAGUUGAGGUCUUCACAGAGUACUUUAAAGAACUGGAGGAGGAGAGUAUUCAAGACAACUUUGUGGUGGUGUAUGAGCUGCUGGAUGAACUGAUGGACUUUGGCUUUCCCCAGACCACUGACAGCAAGAUCCUGCAGGAGUACAUCACACAGGAGGGCAACAAACUGGAGGUGACCAAGACCAAGGUCCCCACCACUGUCACCAACGCUGUCUCCUGGAGGUCAGAGGGCAUCAAGUACAAAAAGAAUGAGAUCUUUAUUGACGUCAUCGAGUCUAUUAACGUACUGGUGAAUGCCAACGGCAGUGUGAUGAGCAGUGACAUCGUGGGCAGUAUCAAGCUGAAGACCAUGCUGUCUGGCAUGCCUGAGCUAAGACUGGGGCUCAACGACCGGGUGCUUUUUGCCCUCACUGGCCGUGACAAGGGGAAGACGGUGGUCAUGGAGGACGUCAAGUUCCACCAGUGCGUCCGUCUCUCGCGCUUCGAGAGCGACCGCACCAUCUCCUUCAUCCCGCCGGACGGAGAGUCCGAGCUCAUGUCCUACCGCCUCAACACGCACGUGAAGCCACUGAUAUGGAUCGAGUCUGUCAUAGAGAAGUUCUCCCACAGCAGAGUGGAAAUCAUGGUCAAGGCGAAGGGUCAGUUUAAGAAGCAGUCCGUGGCUAACAAUGUGGAGGUGCGGGUACCUGUGCCCAGUGAUGCCGACUCCCCCAAGUUCAAGACCAGCACGGGCAGCGCCAAAUACGUCCCUGAGAAGAACCUGGUGAUCUGGACCAUCAAGUCCUUCCCUGGAGGAAAGGAGUUCUUGAUGAGGGCUCACUUUGGCCUCCCCAGUGUGGAGAACAAUGAGAUGGAGGGCAGGCCUCCCAUCACAGUCAACUUUGAGAUCCCCUACUUCACAGUGUCAGGGAUACAGGUGCGGUACAUGAAGAUCAUAGAGAAAAGUGGCUACCAGGCAUUGCCCUGGGUCAGGUACAUCACUCAAAGUGGAGAUUACCAGCUACGGACUAACACCUAGAAUGAGAAUGAACCCCUCCUUGCUACCAGAGAUAACUGCUAAACGAUCAAUUGAGAUGCACUCUUUAAAGAAAUGUCUGAAUUUAUUUCAAGUCUACCUACUUGGUUUGCCAUCAUGUCUAUUGAUUGCUUUAAUCCUGUGAUAAUUUGUAAUGUAAUAGUAAAAUAACAUUAUAGAUUUUAAAUCCUUCUUCGUGUGUGUAGAUUAUCGAAGCUGUUCGUAUUAAAAUAAUUGUAUGAUUCAAAAACAUUCUGAUGGUCAUGUUUUGCUUCAUUAUCUCCCAUUCAGAAGAGUUUGAAACAGUUGCGCCAGAAAACAUUUAAUUGGCGGCUUUAGUUCAAGGUUACGCAACAAUGUUCUCAAUGACCCGCCUUUUUUAGUAAGUGUCUUUGGAGAUAUACUGUCAAAAGUCAGAAAUAUGAAUGAACUGAGUUUGGAACACAUCAACGUUUACAAAUCGCCCGCCUUCUGUGCUCCCCAUUCUGAUUCGUCAAUAGUACUGUUGCCACAGUGAUGGUGUAGCAACGAAGACGUAGCGCCACCCCUUUUGCCAUAUAUGGAGUGCCAGCACCCAACAGACAAGUGCUGAUUGGUGGAAAUAUUUCCUUUCCGAAUGUUUGUAAAUUUUGGUUGGGCAAACUGUAGUGUUGAUCUCAGCGCGCAAAUUAAAGGUCCUACCGCCUUUUAAAUAAUUAAACUUUAUUUGUUGUGAUUUAUUUGAAAGUUGCUAGGUUGAGCAGAGAUAGGACAGGACAGUAAAUGAAAGGAAGUAACGUUCGGGAACUCAUCGAAACGACAAAGG